AUGCGCUAUUCACAGAAUCCAGGCACCUUGAAAACGAAACAUUGGUCAACCCUGUGGCGAAGCAACAUCUCGGACCUGGGUACCAUCCAAACCUCACAGGUGGGUUUUGUGGCCAUAGAUGCAGAGCCAUGGGGACCGAAGAGCCUCGAUGUUGCCGAGGUUGGAUUAUCUUUGAUAUUCCCCUUUGACUUGUCCAAGGUCAACCAGCCUCCAAAAACGAUGGAAGAGCUUCGAGGACAUCUCGAAAUCGAGACCUACUCGAUCAAAAUUUGCGGCAGGGAGCAGGGCAAACGAGAACGCUUCCUGGAACAAAACAGCAAAAUGGUGCAGCCAAAAGACCUCGAAAAUACGUUGGUGGAAGUCCUGAUGUCAUUUCGAGCGAAGCUGGCCGCCAUCCCCAAAGCCAAGGGGUCCCUGACAGCGCCGCCACUGGUGCUGGUCGGGUUUGAUCUUUCAUUUGAGCUUCGCUCGUUGUCUGCUUCGUACCCUAAGAUCGCGGACUGCUUCACCUCUUGGGUUGAUUUGCAAGAACUGGUCAAAGAAGCAGCCCAGCUUGACAAGGCUCCGAGUUUGCGCGACUCACUGACGGCUCUUGGUUUCGGAAGUGUCAGUACCGAUGUAGGCUCCGUGUGGAAGAAACACAGCGCAGGCAAGGAUACCGUGCGCAUUGCCGCAGUACUCGCGAGUCUGUCAUUGCGAGGUGCUGAGCAAGAGGUGCUGCCCAUGACGUUUACAUGGCGUCGGAAAUGGUCCCCUGCUAAGCAGCAUAUGCAGUACAGGGGCACCGGGAAGCUGUUUAAAAACGGACCACCCCAGCCGACCGAGUUAUUUCCCUUUACCGCCAAACUCACCUUGUGCGGCGGUCGUCCAUCAUCGCUGUCUGGCAAAGUGGAAGCAAGCGAUAUUAUGAAGCUAUUCGCAGGACACAACCCGACGGCUGUCGGAAGCUGUUGCCAUGACGGUUCCAUAACCGCCUUUGUGACUAUGCCGAGCUUUGAUGCGCUGGAGCAGUUCGUGGCCAACAUGGAUGGUGCGCUGUGCGAGGUGUACGGAGGAGCCUGGAACGUCGAGUCCAUUUUUGAUCCGACGGUGACACACGCGCGAACGGCAGAAGAGCUCGAAGAAUUCAACAAGGAGAAUUUACAGGCAACGAUAGCCGCCAAAAAAGAGCAGAGACGGCAAAAGAGGCUGGAGCAAGGGCUUGAAAGUGCUCUGUUGUGA